AUGUCUUCAAUCCAGUCCUACACGAUUUCGGUGCCAGAAGAGAAGAUCGAGCGGCUCAAGGCAAAACUCGCCCUCUUCGACCUCCCCGACGAAUUGCCUGACGCAGAGCCGUGGGCUCGCGGGCCUCCGCUUUCAGAAAUCAAACGGCUCGCAAACUACUGGGCCAACGGAUACAACUGGCGAAAGGCCGAAGCUCAGCUCAAUGAAUUUCCCAAUUUCAUCACCAGGGUCCAAGUCGAGGGAUUCGACACGUACGAUGUUCACUUCAUUCACCAAAAGAGUACUGUGAAGAACGCAAUCCCAUUGCUUUUUUCUCACGGGUGGCCGGGAAGUUUUAUCGAGGCCACGAAGAUUCUACCGUUGCUUGUGGACGGUGGGAAGGACUAUCCGGCUUUCGACGUUGUGGCACCGUCUCUGGUGGAUUUUGGGUUUUCUUCUUCGAGUUUAAUGUCCGGGUUUACUGUUGAACAGCAUGCGGAGGUGUGUCACAAGCUCAUGCUGCGGCUUGGCUAUGAGCAAUAUGUUGUGCAGGGGGGAGAUCUUGGCUACGCUGUGUCGCGUCUUCUUGCAAUGAAGUACCCCGAGUCCGUGAAGGGACAGCUCAUCAAUCUCGCCGUCCCAAGCGAACCGACAAUCACCAGCCAUCCAGCGCUUUUCCAACAAGUGCAAUCGACACCACUUACGGAAUGGGAAAUGGCUGGCAUUGCAAGAACCGAAUGGUUCAGCGUUGAAGGCGCCGGGUACAAUAAAUUGCAGCAGACAAAGCCACAGACGCUGGCGUACGCAAUGGCCGCGAACCCAGUCGGCCUGCUAGCCUGGAUAUACGAUAAGUUGCACGACUGGGCGGAUGAAUACCCCUGGACGGACGACGAGCUGCUGACGUGGGUAAGUAUCUAUGAGUUCUCCACGGCGGGCUCAUGGGCGAAUCAACGCAUCUACUAUGAAGAUGCCCACGCCGCGACCGGCCCGUCUUUCGCGCAGGCCGCGAGCUACAUCGACGUCAAGUUGGGCAUAUCUCGAUUUCCCAAGGAGCUGCUCUUGAGGCCGAGGCUGUGGCAUCAUACCAUGGGUCCUGUAGUACUGAUGAAUGAACACGACAAAGGCGGCCAUUUUGCCGCUUGGGAGGUACCCGAGUUGCUUGUUAGAGAUAUUCGUGAGAUGUUCGGCAGAGACGGUGGUGCUUUUGGUGUCGUUGAGGGUAGAUCUGGGUAUGAGCAGUAG